AUUACGUCGGAUAAGACCGCGUUGAUAGCGUCCUGUGAUUCCCCAGUUGGACAACAUGGAGAGGUGGUGAUUAUUCACCAGCAAUGCGUCGAUCAGCGGUGUCAGUGCAUCAAUGGCAAUUGGUUCUGUAUAGAUACGUGUACACCCCUAGAGGAAAUGAAAUGUCCUCCAGAGGAACGCAUUUUCUGGGAUCCGUUUUGCUGUCCUCGAUGCAAAGGUAAGCAUGAGAUUACUGUGUUCGAAAUUGCACUUAUACAAGCUUUUAAAACUGACAUCUUUUAUGUGGAUCAAGACAAGCCUUUUUCCGCAUCUUCCCAUACAAAUCGAACUCUUCCUGUAGGCGAGAAGUCAUGCACCGUUACAGUGGCAACCGUCAAUUGGUUGGACAAAGUGCCAAAUCGAAAGGGGCUGCCGCGCUUCGUGAGCAUUUUCACACCUGAAGGGGAAGAAGAAAUUCUAAGUGAAGCCCAUCAGCCCCAGAUUUUACGACCUUCCAUGUACGAGGACGAUGAAGCCAACAGGAAUGAGGAAAAGACGUCCAUUAUUACGGUGAGCCCAGCACAGCACCUCGUUACACACGCCGGUCGGUGUGUGUGUACGGAUGGGGAGCUUAGGUGCUUUCGACCAGGCCCGGGAAUUUGGCACGACACUGACUGCUAUUACUCCCAUGGUCAGCAUGGUCGGUAUUACGCAAAGGGUGAACACUGGAAGUCCUACAACGACGAGUGCUCUGAUUGCUACUGCUUGGAGGGACGAAAAUACACGUGCUCGAGGACCCCCUGCAGCUCGCUCUUCCUCUGUCCCAGCGGAAAAGUUCCCGUGUUCGCUCCAGGCGACUGCUGUCCUUCAACUUGUGAGGACAAAAAACAGGUGGCUGAUGAAGAGAACUCAUACCAACUGCCAGAUCAGGCAUUUAUAAGACGGGUUCCAGAGAGCGCACAGAACUCGUCGGACUCGCCAGUCGCCAUCUCCAGCGGUGGCAAGUGCAGGCCACUCGGCGCCUUGGUGUCCAGCCAUAACGCCACCUCGAACGUCAUGCUGCCGUCAAACAGCCUGGUGAUUAUCCGCCGGACCUGCGUGAGCCUUAAGUGUGUCUGCUCCUCUGAAGGGAACUGGGUGUGUGGGGAUUAUUGCAUCCCCUGUCACGGCCUUCCUACUCUAGACGGUGCUGCGACGAGCCUUAUUGAUCCUGUGAAUCUACGCACCUCUGACGGAUGCUGCCCAAAAUGUUCUGCAACCGCAGAUAGGGAGGAGACGCUGAAUUUCGGUGAUCGAUAUUCUGUCGCCAUCACAUGCUUCCUUGCCCUUCUGGUGUUGACACCACUUUUCGUGAUAACUUCCUGCUGCAUCUGUCUGCGAUAUCGUCGGAAAUUGAAAAAGCUCCGCGCCACGGAGCCCAAGCAGGCCAAAUUCCUUCUUGAGAGCGGACUCCCCACACACUCUGCACAAUCCAGCUUGGCUGUGCCACUGACAAUCUCCACCAACGCCGAAGGCCCAUCCACCCAGACAUCACUAGACAAGGAGCCAGUCGUUUUGAGCCGGCGCGACAGCAUGCACCACCCCCUCUUACCCACCGCAAAGAUCACAGACACCCCACUGUCCCAGAUCAAGUUCUGGCAACUCAGUGCAUCCCACACCUGUCUGACAGAAGUGCACAACGCCCCAGCCUCCGCCAGUAGUGAGCAAAACCGAAGCCGCAUCUUUGAGGACAGCACCCCGCCAAAUUCCCCCCUGACCAGCAGCGACCACAUACUCAAAACCGACCAUGACUCAGACGUGUCCCUAACCCGUCAGGCUGGAGAUGCAACUACUUGCACGAGCAGUCCGGUGUCCAGCUCAUCGCCGCAACUGGGAAAAGCCGGAUCGACGACGUCUGUUGGGGCGCAAGACACUCUAACCUGGAGACCUCGUCUAAGAAGAAGCUCUACCCAACCGAGGACACACUUCUUUCCACAUGCAUGGAAGGCAAUGAUUUCUAAGUCGGCUGCAACGACACCCAUGAGAGAUCACGAGACAACGCCCUUCUUUGACACAAGAAACACCAGUCCGCCUAACCUCCCGAUACCAGAGGACCUCUACGAAUUAGAGGAGCAAUGUCAGUCGCCACCGACCCCUAACAGCCAUGAUGACCAUGCCCAAAACUCAAUGGCAAUCGAUCUCGCUGCUAUAUCCGAAGUUGUGUAG